CGUGCAGAGAAACUAACAGAGUCAUUUGCAGAUAUAUUUGCUAGGUCACUCAGAGAGGUAAUACUAGUACCAGGUGCCAAACACUCACUCAACAUUCCAGAGGGUGUCACCUUCCAACUACAAGUCCACCAAAGAGCACUUACCCCUCUACAGCUGCAAUUUUUACACAGAAAGAUAGAUGAUAUGCUGACAGCAGGUAUCAUAGAGCGAGCACUACCA